UUCCCCCGGUCAUUUCUACGCCUACUCUGCUGCUGUCUUGACUUCACUCCACGGACACCCCUUGCUGCUGUACGCCUCAACGUGGACCCGCACAGUAUUGUCAUCCUCGAUCGGAUCAGCUGCCUCUGUCCAUUGUUAUCUCCGCGUCAGAUGGCCAUGUCCGUGGCGGACGCCGCCGCGGCCGCCUCCCUCCUCGGUCUCGCCCUCACAGUCUCGUGCUGCUUGGCGGCGCCUUCCAUCACGACCCAUGGCAGCGGGGCCGGCGGCUACGUCUCGGCCGUCGGGGACCCCGGCAUGCGGCGGGACGGCCUCCGCGUCGCCUGGGAAGCCUGGAACUUCUGCAACGAGGUCGGCCGGGAGGCUCCCGGCAUGGGCAGCCCCCGCGGCGCCGACUGCUUCGACCUCGAGAAUGGGGUGGGCGAGCACGGCCAGCCGACGUACAAGGUGGUGCACCGGGUGACCGACGCCGACAACAACCUCCGUGCCGGUGACCCCUUCCCCGGCGCGCCGGCGAACAUCACGGACGUCGACCUGUACGCGCCGGCGAAGGAGCUUUACCUGGGCGACCUGUGCCAGGUGACCGACAGCCCAGCGCCGUGGCAGUUCUGGAUGGUCAUGCUCAAGAACGGCAACCUGGACACCAAGGCAGCCAUCUGCCCGGAGAACGGCCGGCCGGCGCGGCCUUUCUCGCAGACCUCCAGGUUCCCCUGCCCCGGCGGCGCCGGCUGCAUGAACCAGCCGCUCGUGUUCCACAACCGCACCGAGCUGGACAGCGCCGGCGGGCGGCUCCGAGGCGGGCUGUUCGGCACGUAUGACCUCGACGCGAAGGACCUCGGCAGCAAAGAAGUGUCGUACUACUCGGUGACGUGGGAGAAGGACCUCGGGAGCGGCGGCGGCGGCGCCGGCGGGUGGGUGUUCCACCACAAGCUGCGCACUUCGCCCAAGUAUCCAUGGCUGAUGCUUUACCUCCGCUCCGACGCCACCUCGGGAUUCUCCGGUGGCUACCACUACGACACCAGAGGCAUGACCAAGAUAGUGCCCGAGUCACCAAACUUCAAGGUGAGGCUGACGCUGGAGGUGAAGCAAGGAGGAGGUCCCAACAGCCAGUUCUACCUCAUGGACAUGGGCAGCUGCUGGAAGAACGACGGCCGCGCGUGCGACGGCGACGCGGCGACGGACGUGACGCGGUACAGCGAGAUGAUCAUCAACCCGGAGACGCCGUCGUGGUGCACGCCGAGGCGCGUCGACCAGUGCCCGCCCUGGCACACGUUCCGGAACGGCACCCGCGUGCACCGCACCGACGCCGCGCGGUUCCCCUACGCGGCGUACCACGUGUACUGCUCCCCGGGGAACGCCCGCGCCGCCGAGCAGCCGACCACCUUCUGCGACCCCUACAGCAACCCGCAGCCGCAGGAGAUCCUGCAGCUGGUGCCGCACCCGGUGUGGGGCGAGUUCGGGUACCCCACGGCCAAGGGGCAGGGCUGGAUCGGCGAUCCCCGGACGUGGGAGCUCGACGUCGGCGCCAUGUCGCAGGCGCUCUACUUCUACCAGGAUCCGGGCACGCCGGCGGCGAAGAGGCGGUGGUCGUCGCUGGACGUUGGGACGGAGAUAUACGUCAGCAAAUACGCGGAGGCGGAGUGGACGCUGAGUGGGUUCGACAUCCUUGUGCCGGAGGGCUGUGUUGGCUCGUCGCAGGGUGGACUCAUCAGUCGCUGUUUCUAGCGUUGGUGAACCAGUAAAUUGAUGAUGAUUACUGACAUUAAAAUUGUUAGUUAGUUAUUGGAAUAAUACCAUGUUCCUCUUCUUUACUCGUGCGCUUUCGAGAGGCAGAUGAAUGCUCUCUUAUCGGGAAACGGUGGAUGGGAAUUCUAGUCUACAGGACCAGAUCUAGGGGGUGUGGGGAAAAUUUGGGGUACUCCUUUAUUGUGAUCUGUAGAAGGCUCUUCUUUGACUUUUUUCGGUCUUAAUUCUAAAAAUUGCUUGGCAUUGUGUCUAGGGGCUAGGUUGUAAAUGCUCUUAGAGGAGGCGGGGUGCCGAAAAUUUACUGGAGCUA